AUGGUUGUAACUAGAGAUGCUAUGAUGAUAGAGAACGUAUUGGUCUUGGCAGUUAGUGCUGUUAAGGAUUCUGGUGAUCGUGAUUUCUUGUUUAAAAACCUGAGGUCAUUUGAUGUUGCAGUUAUAAAUCAUGUGGGGGAUGAAGGUCAUUCUAAAGAGCACUUUAAAGCAUCUGAAGAGAUGCGUGCGGUUGGUAUCUAUUCCAGGCUUGACCAAGUUUUUGAUGCUCCACAUGCAGUCAAAGAAGUUUUGAAUGGGCAAUCUGGGCUAGAACAUUCUUAUAUUGGAUCUAAAGAAACUGAUCAGAAGGCUGAUGAGGUCCAAAGAUUAGGAAUUAUGGAUGUUUGGACUCCUGAUAAUCAUUAUCGAUGGUCUAAAUCUAGAUACGGUGGUCAUAUUUCAGCCACCGUGGAAGCCGUGGAUCGCUCGCAUCUUCUUUUAUGCAGUAUGUAG